AUGUCGUUCCCGCAUUGCGCAUCUCCGCUGUUCGAGCUUCCACAGGAGCUUCUCGAAAUCGUACUCAGCUAUCUUCCUCCGUCCCAAGACGUGUCGAACCUUUCUCGUACCUGCAAAGCUCUGCACGCAAAGACCGUAGCGCAUCUAUACAGCAACAUCAGCAUGGAAUGGCAGGUCGUUCAAGCAACUCGCCCACUGACUGUUGCUGAUGUGGAUGUCCCACAAGCUCUGCGUCCCAACCUUCUUUUGCAAACGAUCUUGGCGAAUCCCGCGUACGCGCAAUCGAUUACCGCUUUGAAACUGCAGAGUACCGAGCUUGAGGAUCUUUGGUAUUCGUCACUUGUUAAUCCACGCAGACGGGAGCCUUUGGCGAAACUGCACCCGGAUGUUGCCUCAACUUGGACGAACGCGAAGCAGCGACUGGCCCUGAACGCCGUACGGGAUGCAGGGCUGGAGUGGCACCAUAGAGAACGCGGAGACCCUUUUGCAGUCGGCGGUUGCUCUUGGUAUGAAGCCAUCCUGAUGUACGAUCUGGAUGCUACCUUAGCGCUGCUCGUGUGGAUUUGUCCCAAUCUUGUAUCACUCGAUCUAGGGUUCCACAUCGGCGACGACGUAGUGUACCUCCCUGAGGUCUUGUGGAAGCUGUCCUCUGGUGAUGCGGAGUCACAAGCUCUAGGAUGUCGCAAACUUCGAAACGUUCAUCUCGGCCAUGUGCACAUCGCUGAGGAGGAGCAACCGAGUGACAGGUGGACUCGGGUCAGAUAUCUACACCCGCAUCUGGAUUGGAGGGGGUAUUGGGCUCUCUUUUGGUGCCCAGACAUCCAGAAGAUCGAAAUGAACCUGAUGGAUGAGACUGCACAUGCAGGUAUUCAGGAAGCAACAUCUCUACCUGCCUGCUCAACGUUGACGACACUGAGGCUUGGCGAGUCUUCAGUGAAACCAGACACACUCGCGAAACUGCUGUCGUGCACACCAGCUCUGAGGAGAUUGGACUACGAAUACUGGGUUCGCGAUCGGGCGUUCAUCACCGUGGAUUGCGCGUCGCUCAGCGCCGCGCUCAACAAUGUCAAGAGCAGCUUGGAACAUUUGAGAUUCUUCUGUCAACUGCAUUCGCCGGGGUCCGUUGACGUCUACGGGAAAUGCCAUUUUCGGGACUACCCCGUUCUCUCCUCCCUCCACGUAUCCCCUGCCGUGAUACUGGGCGGUGAGGCUUCUCUUUGGCCCCGAAUCGAUGAAGUCAUGCCAUCGAGUUUGGAGGAGCUGUGCUUUGUUGACGACGAUCUCCUCGAGUUCUGGAGCCCGAAGGAAUUGAUACCGUUGCUAGACGACUUUUUCCAGGGCGAUUGGAGAGCUAGAACACCGAAGCUGCAACGCGUGUACGCGACGGACAACAAGUCUUGGUUGGAUGCGUAUGGAACAGAAUAUCUGCGGAUGUUGAGCAAAGAAAAUGGAUUAAAAAAUGGUGAAUAA